AUGGAUUGGCAGCUCGCGAAGGAGAACAUCGAGCCACGAACCACGGACGCCGCCUUGAAAGAGGCCUUAGUAGCUGUCAACAGCGGCAACAUCGAGGAGGAAUACGAGAGCCAAAAAAGGUCGCUCCUCGAGGAGAUCAGGAAUUACGACGGCGAUGAUCCUUUAGAUCCGUGGGACAGAUACAUUAAGCUGGAAAUUUCUUGGUCAGUUACGAGCGGAGAUAAUUCGGAGCUGUUCGACAUUCUCAAAAGCUGCGCUGAGACCUUUCUGAGUUGCGAGCAGUACAAGAACGACAUUCGGUACCUACGGAUAUGGAUUCGAUAUGCGGGCCUAACAGGGGACCCUCUCAAGGUCUUUUCUCUUCUGACGGAAGAGGGCAUCGGGUGGAGCCACAAUUUGUUUUACGAAGGAUUAGCCACGGUUCUGGAGCAUUUGCAUGACUUUAAGCAGGCUAACGCGGUCUACGGGAAAGGUCUCAAGAGGUGCAUAGAGGAAGAGCCUCAGAAGCUGCUCCAAAAGGCGUACCGCAAGUUUCGUGAUCGAAUGGCGGCGCGGAGUCUGCGCAAGCAGCAGCGGAAGGAGCAAGAGCAUACGAGGCUGGUCAGCGGAAGAGAGGGAGCGAAUCAGAACCAAGCAUCCAGGAUCGGCUUGUUGGCACCAGCUAACCCAUCAGCAGAUGAGCCAGCAGCAGCAGUGGGCGGGGAGCCAGAGCGGCCAGUGGCCUUGCCUCAAGAAACGAGGCUAGCAGCAAGGGCGCCACUCAAGGAGGGUCGCGCAGUGGACGGUCGUGCUCUGGAGAGUGGUGCUGCGGGGGGUGGUGCUUUGACUGGGGACAGCAGCAACGAUGGUGGGGAUGUUCGGCGUGGCUUGCAGCAAAUGGGUGCUGGUCCCACCACUGGGAAGCAUGACGAGAACACCCCUCCGCAGUCCGAAUGGGACAGAUCCCAGGCAUUCAAGCGGGCGAGGAGGGACUCCGACUCGGGGUCGAUCAGCAUUGGCAUCUUCGAGGAUGAGGAGCUGAGGAGCCCUUCGGCUACGAAUAGGAUGCGCAGGGGGCUGGGGGGAGGCGCGGCAAGGAGGAGGGUGCUGCAACCGCGGGUGGAGGUGGAGAGGGACCAAGUCGGGCAUACAGAGGUGGCACGGGAAAGAGUGCGGGGCGAGGUGGGGGCUCGUCGGGGCUCGUCUGAAGCAGAAUCUGCUUCAAACACAGGGCCAUGCCAGGAGCAGGAGACGAGCUUCGAGGAGCAGCGCUAUCUAUACUGGCUGCGCCACAGGAACCUGCCUCCACCGCUCUACAUGCACGCCACACCACUCUCAACCUCUCGGUCAACCUUGGAAACCCAUCCAAAUCCCACAGCCAACCCAGGGCCUUCAAUGGCAGAUGGCUCGCCAGACUUCUCAUCAGCUGCAGCAGAUAGAGCAGAGUCAGGGAGUGGCAGGCAGGGAAGGGAGGGUACAGGGGAAGCAAGAAUGGCCGAGGAUGUAGGGGAAGAGAGAGCAGAGGAGGAUGCAGGGACAGGGGGUUGUGAGCAGCGGAGUGCGGCUGGUGAAGGGGAAGCUAGGGGUGGGGAGGCGGAGGGGGGCGAGAGGGGCGCGGGCAAGCGUGGGCGGAGGAAGAGGGGGAGUAAGGGGGAGGAGGAAGUGGAGGGGAGUGGGCUCACCGGGGGGUUGAGUGAGCUAGGCAUGGAGGAGGAGAGGGUGCAGGGGUUCAGGCAGAUGCUGCAACAGCAGAGGGGACAGGAUGGGGCUGCUGGAGCUGGUGGUGGUGGUGCUGGUGCUGGUGGUGCUGAUGCUGGUGGUGGGAGAAUCGAGGGGGAUUUCCUCUCAUUUGAUCACACGGUGCAUGCGCAGAAUGAUCCCACAGUAGUCUGCAGGCGCUUUCCCCAGCAUUCCAGGGUGCCCACCUUUCCAGCGGGCCCGCCCCAGCAGGUCAACCCCUGGAGCACGUCUAUGCGGGCCUCCCUCCUUGCCGCCCUUCAACCCCCUCUCACUAGCGAACCUGGAUACCAGCGGCACUCAGACCCGCUGCACGUGCCGGCCAGGCUCAAGGCGCUGAGGGAAGGCAAAGCAGGGGAGCCCGUGGACCUGCGCCUUGGCAGCAGGAGCUACGAGGUGGAUCGGCUGCUGGGGAAGGGUGCGUAUGCAAAGGUUUAUGGAGCCACAGAGACCCCUGCUGGGGUGGCAGACGCGGCCACAGAGAGCACUGUGGUGUUCCGCACUGUGGCCCUCAAGCUCCACUCCAAGGCAUGCCCUUGGGAGUUCUACAUAUACCGUCAGAUCCAAUUGCGAAUCGACGGCCCACAGCGGCAACUGUUUGGCGCGGCGUCUGCUUACCACGAGUUCCCCAAUGCGUCCAUCCUCACAUGCUCCCUUGGCACUAGCGGCACCCUGCAGAAGCCGGGAAAGCCAGUGCCAGAGGAGCUAUGCACGUGCCUACUGCAUGCCAUCCUCACCACCCACCCACCCCCUUCCCCACUCUCACCUCUCGACCUCACCACCCACCCCCACUCUCUCACCUCUCUUCCCCCUCAGGACGUGGUGAAUGCGUUCAAGAGGCAAGGCAAGCCGGUGCCGGAGCCGCUAAGCAAGGCAAGCCGGUGCCGGAGCCGCUGUGCGCCUGCCUUAAACUUGCACCUCGUCACGUCACCACCCAACCCCACCCACUCACCGCCCAUCCCCACCAACCGCCUCCCCUUUCAGGACGUGGUGAAUGCGUUCAAGAAGCAAGGCAAGCCGGUGCCGGAGCCGCUAAGCAAGGCAAGCCGGUGCCGGAGCCGCUGUGCGCCUGCCUUAAACUUGCACCUCGUCACGUCACCACCCAACCCCACCCACUCACCGCCCAUCCCCACCAACCGCCUCCCCUUUCAGGACGUGGUGAAUGCGUUCAAGAAGCAAGGCAAGCCGGACGUGGUGAAUGCGUUCAAGAAGCAAGGCAAGCCGGUGCCGGAGCCGCUGUGCGCCUUCUACACGGCGCAGAUGCUGCGAGCUGCGGAGGCCUUGCACGCUGCUCACAUCCUGCAUGGGGAUAUCAAGCCCGAUAACUUCCUCCUGCGGUUCGGGGCUGACAGUGAGAGUCCCAGGGAGAUGGUUGCUGCAAUCGAGGCCGUAGACAACUUGACAUCUCCCAUCCGCCUCUCUAAUUCACCGGUCCUCACUCCUCCCCACUCCUCACUCCUUCACUCUCCUCUUUCCUUCCCACUCCUCACGUCUUCCCACUCCUCACUCCUCCCCACUACUCACUCCUCUCCACUCCUUCAGGGUCUCACCCUUGUGGACUACGGCCGCAGCAUUGACAUGCGGCACUUCCCAGAAGGUUCCUCUUUCGUCUCUGACAGCGGCACGGAGAACUUCCGAUGCCCGGAGAUGGAGGAGGGGCGCCCGUGGACCACGCAGGCCGAUCUCUACGCGGUGUGUGCUACUGCCUACUGCCUGCUGCACGGGCAGUACAUGGAGGUCGAGAGGGUGCCUGCAGGGGAGGGCGGUGCCAGUGGAGCAGCGGAUGUGGACGGUUGUGAUGAUGUCGUGGCUGCUAGCUCUGAGGCUGAAAAUCCUGCCCCUCCUCCAGCCCCAAUUCGCCGCCGGUUUGAGCGGUACUCAGCCGACCAUGCAAGCGAUGUCUCUGUGCUGCUUCGCCGUCUGCGCAACCAGCUGUAG